AUGUGUAUCGCCGGAAUCACCCCCGGGCCCUACUCGCCUGACCCCCACUCAUUCAACCAUCUCUUGACCUCAAUCGCGGACGAACUAAUCACACUAGAUGCCGGUAUCGUCAUCCCAACUUACAAAUUCCCAGCCGGUCGAUUUGUUCACAUCAAACUAUUAUGUGUCUACGGGGAUGUUCUUGCAACCAAGAAGGUUGUCGGUUAUGCUUCUCAUUUGGCGACCAAAUUCUGCUCAUUCUGUCAUGCCCUACAAUCAAACAUUUCCCAGUUACAACUAUCCGCACGACGAGAGAAAGCAGAAACAAUUCACUCCGCAUCCAACUCAAAAAACGCAAAAUCAAAAACAGCACAAGAGGAGAUUUUGAAAAAGACGGGUGUCCGAUGGUCGGAAUUAAAUCAACUGGUGUAUUGGGACCCUAGCCGGCACCUUGUCUUGGGUGUUAUGCACAAUUGGCUUGAAGCGACUCAAUCCAGCAAGCGUGCCAAAAUGGACACCGUUGAAUUGGCCAUGUGGAUUGACAAUAAAGACGUGUCCGACGAAUCAGAAGAUGACGAAGAUAUCUCACUGGACGGCGGUCUUGGUGGCACUUUCUUUUCCGCCGAUGACAUCAAUACAUUUCGCACUGGCAUGUCACACGUAUGCUGUGUGAGAUUAUUUGCUCGAAGAUUUAAGUCAGGGGACAUUAAGCAAUUCGAAAUUCAUUACAAGAAGUACUUGGAUUCGGUUGGUGGGCUAUUCGAAGGUGUCAAAGUCCAACCAAAUCACCACUUUUCACUGCACAUUCCACAACAAAUGGCUUCUUGGGGCCCGUUGGCUGGCGUGGCUGAGUUCCCGGGCGAGCGCCUCAUAGGAUUUUUGCAGAAGAUUAACACUAAUAACAAGAUUGAUGAAAUGCACCAAAGCAUGAUAACCCGUGGUUGUCGCUUACAACGCAUGAUGGCGGAUCCGGAUUAUACUCAACUGACCAAGGUCAAAGACAAGCAAAAAACAGAGCCGGUCCGCCAAAAAAAGCCUAUAAGGCUAUUAUCAUCAAGGUACGAGCUGCUCUACAACAUGGUUUUGAGUUACGAUACAUCAGUGGUCGAUCGCAAGACUUUUCCGGUACCACAGGGCCGUUGGAUUCUGUCUGGAAAUGUGAAAGCGGUACAAUCACUCACCUACAAUGGGGUGACUUUUGGCUCAAUGGCCCCUUGUAACUGUGUGGUGGUAAAGGUGGGGGGCCAAAUUAAGUAUUACCUGGUCCGGCAGUGUUACAAAUAUCCGCACAAGGGGGGGGAGAUGAAGGAGUUCAUGGUCGUCUCACCCAUUAUGAACCGAUACCCGAAGGCGACAAACGCGAUUCCAACUCGGCCGUUCCGGUACUUGCUCUUCCUGUUUGGAAUGGUGGUGGGGACGGUCCAAGAUAGAGAAGAGGUGGUGGUGCCGUCUCAUGUGGUGUCCCUCGCGGCGUAUCAACUACUAGAAAAGGGGACUUUCUCCAUUGAUCAGAACAGGAUAGCACUGAUUCCGCAUGGAUACGACACCCAUCUCAACAUAUCCGGUUCCGAAUAG